GACGUCAUAUGUUAAUCCUGAGCAAUAUGGAGUAUGGCUGUACGUGAAAGAGUUUCCAACCAAAUAGUUUAGAUGAAAUAUGCCAAAAGGACGCAAUGGGGAACUUCCCCUACCGAAUGGAUGGGAAGAGGCUAUAGACUACGAUGGAAAGCGUUUUUUUAUCGACCACAACAACUGUCGAACGACAUGGAUUGAUCCCAGGGACAGGUAUACCAAGCCAGAAACAUUUGCUGACUGUGUUGGUGACGAACUUCCUUUAGGCUGGGAAGAAGUCAAUGACCCAAAACUUGGGACCUAUUACAUUGACCACAUAAAUCAGGUCAACCAGCUUGAAGACCCACGACUACAAUGGCGACAGGAGCAAGAACUUAUGCUGAAGGAGUAUCUGGUCACUGCUCAGGACGACUUAAAGGCCAAGCAAGAGAUUUACAGCAUUAAGGAACAGCGCCUAAAUCUUGCCCAAGAUGAGUUCCAACAUCUUAAGGAUACCUUGUCUGGUUGGAAGUCUUCCCGCACAAGUCUCAACUCUAACUCGAGUCUGGGAAGUACAAAAUAUGACCCUGAUCUUCUUAAAGCGGAUAUCAAUCUGGCUAAAAAUCGUGUUGCAAGACUUAAAAGAGAACUUGAACAGAUUAAAUCUGAGAUGUGCUACAAGGAGCAGGGAGUCAAAACUCUGUGCAAUGUGGGCCAGAAACUGUCUACUACAGGGGGAUAUAGCAUGGGUCAGGCCCAAGCUAUCAUCAGUGAGAUUCGUCAGUUGCAGCAGUACCUGACCUCUGGCCAGAAGGAGAGGACCGAACUUGUUCAAUCUCUGGCUCGUUUGAAGGAAGACUUUCUGUUCAAUAAAAAUGGUGGAUCCUCCCCAGAUGUUUCGACCUUGUCCUCUGGCACAGAUAGGCAUGAAACAGCCUCACAGACAGACCUACGCGGAGAGUUUGGGCUAAAUCAGAACCGGCUUUUUGCGGAAAAGACAAGAAUAAGGCUUCAGUAUGAUGAAGCACAGAAAAAAUUGAGCAGUCUUAAAUGCCAUUUGGCAAGCAUUGAAGAUCAGAUGAUUCCAGGCCAGUCCCAGUGUGACAAAGACAGAUUGUUGCUUGUGCAAGAGAAAGAACAACUUUUGCGAGAACUGCGCAGCAUUGAUCCUAAAGGUCGCAGUGAAGAGGAAAUGACUUCAAUUUACCAGCGUAUUGCUCAAUUGGAGUAUGACCUGAAGCAUGCAGUGGAGAUCUCAAACAAGGAAAUUCAAACACGCUUAAAACUGCAUGAAGAAAAGGCUGCUAUCAUGCAUGAGCUCAAUGAAACCACAAAACUCACUUCAUACCUGGAAUCACAGCUGCGCAGUCUGUCACUUAGCACUCUUUCCAUGUCUUCGGGCUCCUCGUUAGGUUCCUUGGGCUCUUUGUCAGCUAGUAGUCGAGGCUCACUCAACUCCCUUAGCACGCUGGACGUGUAUGGUCAGGCUGGAGUUCUUGGCUCGGGCCUUGGAGUUACAGGAUCAGAGAUCAACCUGCAGGAGCUACAUCAACGUGUAGAGAAGCUGCUUCAAGGUCACAACAUGUCACCCAUCAGUGAAACGACAGCAACAGCUGCCAUGCUACCACAUGCUGACAUCACUGCAGCUGCCACCACAAACUACCUACAGAGUGUCAUGGCCGGCAGUACAGCUAAUGUGGUGGGUUCUUCUGAAAGUGUGUCUUUGCAGCAGACUUCACCCUAUUCUUCUCUCUCGUCACCCCCAGUUUCACCGUACAGCAUUGGACCACCACCAAGUUAUGAGCAGCACAUGAGUGCCAUCGAACGUCAAAGAGGAUUAUUGCUGCCGACCAGUGCUCUUAGUGGUGGUAUAGGUCUGGGCAGCAACAAGUGGAUUCGGGCCCCAGACCAGCCUAAAGUGCUUGUCGGCCUGUCACCGGAGACCAUUCUUGAAGGUGAUGAAGUUCAUGCAAGGGACCCUGUGAGAUCAGACAGUGCCCUAUGUAGUGCAGACCCCAUCGUGGAGUUGCCAUCUGCUGUGCUUCCUGCUGCUCUUCUGCCCAUGCCAGGUGUGCAACCUUCACAGCUGAAAGUCUUGUCAGGGCUGGAUAUGGCUCUCUCUGCAGAUAGUAGCAUUGCGGGCAUUGGUCAGGUCAGCUUGUUGGACUGCAGAGACAGAGAGAAGGAAGGUGGAGCUUCUGGGACAUUUGUCACAUCCAGCUCAAGGCGAAUGUUAGUUGGGAGUGUGGACACCAUGGAUGCCUUGUCCAACCCUCCACUUAGUCCCAUCAGUGAGAGUAGUUCGGGCGUUGGCAACAACCUGUCAGGUGGCAACACUUGUAGUGUGUCAGCAGCAGUCAGUGAUGAAUCUGUGGCAGGGGAUUCGGGUGUCUUUGAGGGCACUGUCAAACGGACGGGUUUCAUUGAUCAAGUAUUAGAAACAAAUUUAGAAACUGCUCAGAUUCAAGUAAAACUCAAAUAUGAAGGGGUAGACAAGCAACUUCUGAUAGGAAUUGAGCAAGCACGGAAUAUGUCUGCCCUUCCAUUCCCUGAAGGUGGCAAAGUAUGUAUUAAGGUCGCAGUUGUGCCAAGUGUCAACGUGUCAUGGGCCACAAAGCUGGUUAGUGACCUGAAGGCACCUAAGUUUGUGGAGGUGUUCCAUGUCAGUCUAGCAGAACAUAGGCUAUACAGCAACAGCAUUCAACUCAAUGUGUGGAGUGUACACGAAGUCCAGGGAGACGAGUGUCUGGGUUGUGCCCAACUAAGUCUUGCAGACUUCGACCCACGGACAGUGUCUCUACGCUGGUACAAUGUUCUAAGUUUCAAGUUUCAUGCAGGCAGAUCUCCCUUUUGCUUUAAAACCUCCUAACCACCUACUGCCCUUGCAAGUAUGACCACAACCUCAACGGUCACUACCACCACCAUUAACCCCACCACAGCCGCUGCUAGCAGUCAGCACAGCAUCCCAUCUUCAUCCUCCAGCUCUGAUGGACUAAAGCCAGCACAGCUGCAUCUGCAUGCAAAGCAGAAGGAUCGAGUUCAUCAGCUGUUAGAAGCUUCAUCUGCCAAACUAAGGAAAGCUUCCAUUGCCAGUGAUGAAAACAUGUCAUCAGGAGACAACUCACGAGAUAUGAGUCAAGGAAAGACACUGCAUCCCACUGUUCUGUCAUUGAAAGAAGAAAGUAGUGAUGAAUCAACGAUUAUUUCUUCCCAGACCUCCACACUCACUCGAGCACAAGGUCCUGAAGACAUGAAGGACCAUGCCUUUGACACCAUGCUUCCUCCAAGUACCAGACAGGAGGAGGAGGAGGAAGAAGAAGAAGAUGUGGAGGAGGAAGAUGAAAAGGACUACACAGAGAUGAUUCAAGAUGUUCUGGAUGAGUUGGUGCAGUCAGUGGAAAAUGUUUAUGACGACCACUUUACAGAAUCAGAUGAGUCACCACAAAUCAAAACAUGUGAUGCCGAGACAAAUACAGAGGGAGAGUAUAGAGUCCAUGAAAGCAAACGAAGAUCACACCACAGUGUUCGCAACAGUACCAUAAGACGUUCACAGACUUUUUCACCUGCCUGUCACCAUGGUGCAGACUACAUUUGCAAACUUAAUCGCAGUGACAGUGACAGCUCUAUGCCUCUUUACAAACGAGGACCAUUCCAGAGAAAUACAAUGGAGCGCAAGAGUCUGCGAUGGAAGAAGAUGAAUGGACUGGCAAUCGGUGGACCAGGAGGGACAGCCCGGCUGCCCGUACGCACAUCAUUGGACUUGGAGCUUGAUCUGCAGGCUUUCCAUACUCGCUUAUCAUGCUUGCAAGAUGAGAUAGCUCGUCUAAGGCAGCUCAAACAGCAGCUGGAGGGGGCCAAAAAGAGAGGGGAAACAGAAUUGCCCAGCUGGCUCGUGGAUAAUGAGCAGUUCAACAGUUUGAUAGUGGAGGCAGACAAACUGCGCCCAAACCGCAAGAUAUAUGUAUCCAAGCAGGAUAGAAGAGCAGAGCACUUGAUGAAAAAGGUGACUCGCGAUGUUCAACGCAUGCGCCAAGAUUCUCAGAAGUCUCGGGCAUUGUCAUUCAGAGAAAAGAUGGCAUUCUUUACAACUGUCAACGUCAGUGUGCCAGUAGUGCCUCAUGAGACGGCUGUAGACAGGGAAGAACGGGCAGGAGAGGAAUUUUUUAAUGAUGACCGUAUAGGAGAGGAAGUGUGAAGUGUAUUUUUCAUCUCCAGGACUGUGGACCUGCAAUGCUUACAAGCUAAAUAUAAAAGAACAAAGGCCCUUCCACCUAUAUGAAGUUACUGUGCUAUCAGAUAUGCAGGAGAAGCUGUCAUGGUUCAUGAAAAACACAUUUGCCAGCAGACUAACCCCCCAAGAUAGUCUUUGGCAUAUUGAGUCCUCAAGGAUCCAAGACUGGAGACGAGUGCUGCAGAUGAGAGCAUGGCCUUGCAGAAAUAUCAGUAUAUUUUGGCACAAUCUAUCUGAAGAGGAGUGUCUUCAUUGUACUAAAUGUUUCUGUAGCCAAUCGUUGACUUUGCACUUGCAGAAGUAGAGGCAACUUUCUUGGGGAUUUUGUGUAUGUUUGCUAUUUUUGCUUCCCUGUUCACUGGCUGUGCCAUUUUUGCAUCACAGAAUUGAAUUCAAGGAGAGUUUUAUGGUCUCCACAGUUUAAUUUCUUGCAUUUUGAAACUUUGUUGACAGCACUUGUUGCCCUCCCACCUGCACUGAAGGUGUCCCUGUAUAUACAUGCUAAGAAGGGGAACUUCAUUCUCUGUAACUGCAUUAUUGACAGAUGCAGGACAAAGCCGGUGACUUAGGUAUUGGAACUACUGCUGCUGCAGGUGCUCAUCACAGACUUCUGUGCAUAAUGCAGGGUCACUUCCUACUAAAUUUGUUUCAUGUGUGUCCUUGUGAAAGGCGAGGGUUGAUUUUGGGAGGACAAGAGAAUGCUGUGGUGAGCCGUGAGGAAGACUGUUUAAGACCAUGAAAAGCAUGGUAUAUAAAAGUGCCCUAAUAAUUGUUAUUAGCAUGUUCAGCAUGCCUUCCACAAGUGACAUUUAAAAUCUGGACCUGAAAUAUCUUUGACUUGACUCUCUCUGCCUUCUGGGAAGACAAGGAAAAAAAAUGACUAUGGGAGUGAGGUGUAAGUUUUGCAGUUUUCAGAUUGUGGUUCCCCCCCCCCCCCCAAAA